AUGUCCAAAAGGUCCUCGAAUCACCCCAUAACCUGGGAAAGCUAUAAUCACGGCCGUACCUCUUCGCCUGGUUCUGUAGUCUCCGGGACUAGCCCUCAUAGCACAGCCAGGGUUUCGCCUUCGGCAACUUCGGAUUCACGAACUAUCCGCCAGCAGAAUGAGCACGAUGGAGGGGAUGGGCUGCGAAGGCGGAGGUCCUCAAUUUCCAUCAGGAUCAGUUCUAUACGGCAAGCGGGUGGAGUAAAUAGCAUCGAGAAUUUUGCGAGGUCAUGGCAACGUGCCGCAGGAUUCCACGAGAUCACACCUGUACGCAGGACUUCAUUUAUAGGACACGAUGCGGAGGACGACGAUUAUGCUGAAUUAGGUGGCGCAGAGCGCGCCCGACCACAAGAAUCUCUCCUAAGGCAACAAUUUGAAUCCGCGGGAGGUCAUGGCGCAGUUGACUCUGGUGUUGAUGAGGAUAGCGCGAAGGAUCCCGGACGAAGAGAGGGCAGUCGACCUUUGGAUGGAAGACUUCCGAGCGAUGCCAACAAUGAAUUAUUCUUACAAACAACACAUAUGGCGACUCCAAUAGAUCCUAGCUUUGGCACCAGUUAUGGAACACUUUCUUCAAGGAUAAAUGAAUCAUCUAGAAGGCAUGCGGCGCGCCUUUUCCAAGAGCAGCAAUUGACAGGUGCCCAAGAGCCAGACAACGAGAGAGCGCCGCUUCUAGUCAAGCAGGUUGAAAACGAAGACGGCACGGUAACAAAUGUGAUCAUCGGCCAGUCAACGUUGCCCCAAACCGUUUUCAACUCAGUCAAUACCUUGAUUGGUGUGGGAUUGCUGGCCCUUCCCCUCGCGAUCAAUUACGCGGGCUGGAUUGUGGGACUGCUGUUUCUCACGUUUGCUGCUGUUAUCACCUCCUACACUGCGAAGUUACUGACUGCUUGUCUGGACAUCGAUCAAGCUCUUAUCACAUAUGCAGAUCUUGCAUAUGUGAGUUUCGGACCACGAGCUCGCAUCGUGACCGGAAUUCUUUUCAGCUUGGAGCUGAUAGCAGCAUGUGUUGCUCUAGUCGUUCUUUUCGCUGACAGUUUGGAUGCCCUUGUUCCGGGCUGGGGAGUCAUAGAAUGGAAGGUGAUUUGCGGCAUAUUACUCAUACCGCUUAAUUUCAUGCCCCUCAGAUUGCUCUCCUUUUCAAGCAUCUUGGGAAUCGUCUGCUGCACAAUGCUGGUUGCAGUCGUCAGCACCGAUGGACUUAUCAAACCUCAUUGCCCAGGUUCACUGCGGGAGCCUGAAGUGACACGUCUUUUUCCGGAGAAUUGGUCGACGCUGCCACUGAGCUUCGGGCUAUUGAUGUCGCCCUGGGGUGGCCAUUCUGUGUUUCCGUCCAUAUACCGCGAUAUGAGACACCCGCAGAAGUAUGGAAGAAGUUUGCGGUAUACGUACGGCUUCACCUUCAGCCUUGAUCUGACAAUGGCUGUUGUGGGACUUUUGAUGUUCGGAGACUAUAUCCAUGACGAAGUGACGUCCAACAUUUUACUGGCGGAAGGUUAUCCACGAUUUCUUUCCAUCAUCAUCGUAGUGCUGAUUGCGAUCAUUCCUAUCACCAAGAUACCUCUAAAUUGUCGUCCAAUCAUUAGCACAAUCGAAGUGCUAUGCGGCCUCGAUCCUCGUCUGAUGUCGCCCAAUGCGCCACUUCAGGGCAUGUCUGGAUUCACCCGUGGUAUCUUCAAGAUAACGAUCCGAAUACUUGUGGUUGUUCUGAUGGUGGUCAUCGCAGUUGUUUUUCCGCAUUUUGAUAGCAUUAUGGCGCUUAUGGGAUCUACGCUAUGCUUUACGAUUUGUGUUAUCUUACCAGUGGCUUUCUACUUGAAGUUGUUUGGCAAGGACAUCCCGUUGAAAGAGCGCAUUCUUGAUUGGAUGUUGAUCAUAUCUUGUAGCAUAAUGGCUGUUGUUGGCACUGUCUGGGCAUUUCUGCCAAAGGAUUUGAUCGGAGCAAACUAG